AUGGCCGAGUUUACUUUCAAUUGGAAUCUAGCAUUAGUUGGCCUUUACGGUCUCCUUGGAUGGCUAGUUACAAGGACCAUCUAUCGCCUCUAUUUUCACCCACUUCACAAAAUCCCCGGGCCACGUCUAGCAGCGGCAACUCAUAUUGUCGAAUUCUAUUACGAUGUUGUUAAGGGUGGUAAAUAUAUCUGGGAAAUCGAAAGAAUGCAUGCAAAGUACGGCCCUAUUGUUCGCAUUAAUCCGCGUCAAAUCCAUAUCAACGAUCCUGAAUUUUACGAGCAAAUCUAUGCUGGAAGUAAAAGUACGCGGGACAAGGAUACCUCGUAUCCCCCGCGGCUAUCUGCUUCGCUGUCAGUAAUAUCAACUAUUCCUCAUAAUCAUCACCGGCUACGCCGUUCUGUGAUGAAUCGAUUCUUCUCUAAGCAAUCCGUAGUAAAUCUGGAACCGAUCAUUCAGGAUAAAACUGAUAAGCUGGCGGACCAUUUCGAGGCAGCACAUCAAAGGGGGACGGUGUUGAAAAUGGAAUAUGCCUUUAGUGCAUUGACGGCUGAUGUUAUUACUCACUAUUGUUACGGCACGAGUUACAGAUACUUAGAGGACCAGUUCCCGGAAAACGACCUACGUGAUGCAUUUGGUGGACUUUUUCUUCUUAAUCAUAUCUUGUACUUUUUCCCUCCGGUGUCGAAGUUUUUAAACAAUGUCCCGCCCAAAGUCAUGCAAUUCAUUGAUCCGAAGUCAUCAGUUAUGGCAUUCGUGCGAGGCCGGCUAUAUAAACAAUCAGUUGAGACACUUCAACAACCGAAGGUUACAUCCAACAAGCAAAGGGAGACUAUAUUCGAUGCUCUCCUCGACCCGAGUCUGCCUCCGAGCGAGAAGACUGUUGAACGUUUAACUGAAGAAGGAUUUAUUUUGCUUGGUGCUGGCUCCGAAACGACGGCAAACACGAUGGCGCUUGCGGCGUACCAUCUGACCAAGAACAAGCUCGUAUUAGAGAAACUGCGUGCUGAACUUAAGCAAGUGAUGCCUUCUCCCAAGAGCAGCCCAUGUUGGUCGGAUUUGGAGCAAUUACCUUACCUAACAGCUGUCAUCAAUGAGACACUUCGACUAGCUAUCGGAGGCUCUUGGCGACUCCCCAGAGUUUCCCCAAAUGAGGCAUUGGUAUAUGAGAAUUACGUUAUUCCAGCUGGAACCCCUAUGAUAACAGCAAGCUACUUCGUUCAUAUGAAUCCCAUCAUAUUCCCCAAUCCGGAGAAGUUCGAUCCAGACCGUUGGAUCAGGGCCCACGAGAGUGGAGAGCGUCUGAGUAGAUUCAUUGUCAGUUUCAGCAAAGGUACUAGGCAGUGUAUCGGCAUCAAUAUGGCGUAUGCGGAGCUCUAUUUGGUGAUUGCACGUAUAGUUAGACAGUUUGAUCUUGAACUGUGUGAGACGACCGAGGAAAAUGUUCGAUUUGCUCGGGAUUAUGUGGUUCCGCACGCGGAGAAUGGGCCAUGGAGUGUGAAGGCUCGUAUUAUCAAGGUCAUAGAGGAAUAA